CAAUUCUAACCCCGGGCCGAACCAUUAUCACCAAGUACUGUAGAAGUAUACUUUUAUCAAGCCAGCACAUUCUCCGUCUUGCCAGGCACAUCGCCCACGCACCGUCUGGCUCACCAAGGUAAGCACCGCUCCGCCUGCUUGCUUCCUACUUUUUAGCCUACCUUUCUAUCAAAUUUCAGCUCCAUCAAGGCAACCAUAACCAUAUCUUCUUAACAGUUCUUCUUGCGGAAUCAGAGUACGUGCUGCAAAUUAGUUUGGGCAAUCACGAGGAAAUUUCUUAACGCCCAUCACUUAACAAGAUGAGCAUCGAGCCAUUUAACAGGUUGGUGAAACUUGCGGCUCGGGCGUUUUAUGAUGAUGUGACAACAAAAGGAGAUAAUCAGCCAAAGACGGGUCGGGGUGAUAAUAGAGGGAUUGCCGUUGUAGUGCUUGAUGCUCUUACAAGGAGACAAUGGGUUAGAGAAGAAGAUUUGGCAAAGGAGUUGAAACUACAUUCAAAGCAACUUCGGCGGACUCUACGACUAUUUGAGGAAGAAAAAUUAGUCACCCGUGAUCAUAGAAAAGAGACGGCUAAAGGAGCAAAGGUAUAUAGUGCUGCUGUUGCUGCAACAGCCGAUAGUCAACAUGGUGGGAAAGAGGGAGAGGAGAAGAUUAAAUUGCACACUCACUCUUACUGUUGUCUGGAUUAUGCACAGAUAUAUGAUGUUGUUAGGUAUAGACUGCAUCGUAUGAAGAAAAAACUAAAGGAUGAACUUGAGGACAAGAAUACUGUUCAGGAAUAUGUCUGCCCUGGCUGUGGGAAAAGAUACAAUGCUUUGGAUGCAUUGCUAUUGGUUUCUUUGGAGGAUGAAUAUUUUCACUGUGAAAGAUGUAAUGGAGAAUUGGUCGCAGAGAGUGACAAAUUAGCAGCACAAGAAGUAGGAGAUGGAGAUGGAGAUGACAAUGCAAGGCGACGACGACGUGAAAAAUUGAAGGACAUGCUUCAAAAAAUGGAGAUACAGCUUAAACCGUUAUUGGAACAACUCAACAGAGUGAAAGAUUUGCCUGUUCCAGAAUUUGGAAGUCUCCAAGCAUGGGAAGCUCGAGCAAGUGCUGCUAGGCGUGCUUUAAAUGGUGAUUCUGAUUCUAAUGAUCCUUCCAAAACUUCUCAGGGUUAUGGUGGGACACCUAUGCCAUUUCUUGGGGAGACAAAGGUUGAAGUUGCCUUUUCUGGUCUUGAUGGCAAGGAAGAAGAUGUCAAGUCUGAAAGUGCAAGCACAUCCUUGAAAGUUUUGCCACCUUGGAUGAUAAAGCAAGGAAUGAACCUGACAAAGGCACAACGUGGAGAGGUCAAGCUGGAGUCAAAUACAGAUGGCAGUUCAGCACAACCUGAUUUUUCAGAUGACAAAAAGUCAACUGUUGAAAAUGAUGAUAAGAAGAAUUUACAGGACGAGUAUCUUAAAGCGUAUUAUGCCGCUUUGUAUGAGAAACAACAAGAACUAGAAGAUGCUGCUAAGAAACAACAAGAACUGUCAGACAUUCCUCUUGCCAGUGUUCUUUCUGACUCUUCCAAGCGGCAAGUUGGCAUGAAAGUUAAACGUGAGGAUGAUGAGGGAGAUGAUGAUAUUGAUUGGGAAGAAGCUCCUGUUGCAGGCAAUACAACUGAGAGUUAUAAGGUCAAUGACUUGAAUAUUGAAGCGGAAGCAUCUGGAGACGAUGAGGAUGAUGUAGAUUGGGAGGAAGGAUGAGAGAGAGAGCAUAGGUUUUUCAGAAUGAAUGGUUCAGCUUACCUUGAUCUGCAUGGCAUUAGCAACGGUAAUGGGUGGUGUAAUGUCGCUCACUAUUUUUCAUAUCUUCAUUUGCUCAUUCAAGAACUGAAGCCAUUCCAAUUGUUCAUUGUUAUUAAUUUCAUCCAUGAUUCCUUCGACUUUGUACCACCCGUUGCUGUGGGAAGACAAAAAAUGAUUUUUGUCGUCUUAAACAUGGAUUUUCAUGAAGUUGCCUUCUACGAAACUGUAGACAAAAUAGCAGCGUAACAAAGACAUUUAUCAUAAUUUUCAUGUGUGUUUCAGAUGUACGUUCUAGUUUGUGUUUGACUAAGGAACUCAAAUUGUUAAUUUGAACUAUGUAUCUAUGUAGAAAAAACAGUGGUUGGAAGACAAUUAUCUUCAUUCCCAUGUUUUUUGAUAUGUUGUGAAAUAUCAAGAUCUCGAAAUAUCUGGAUUCCCAGAAGUUAAAAGAGUCUUUUGCUCCA